AUGGAGGGGAUGCGACACACUGUUCUCUCCACUCAGAUAGUGCAGUCAAUUGAGACGGAUGGAGAGGGAGACGAAAGCAUAACAGAGACGCGAGCAGUGGGACAACCCUCUUCUCAUCCUCUCUCCACAAUGCUACGGUGUUGUUGUAUAGCGUGUGGUGAGAGAGUGUUGGCAAAGGCGGAGUUGGGUGGUUCGAGAGUUGGUGGUCUUGGCGGUGGCUUCUGA